ACGUUGUCGCGAGGGAAGGGAACUUCGGCCUCUUGCAAUUCACGAUGCAACUCAUAAAAAACGAGGUGAAUUCGGGGGCCCACAAUUGAGAGUUCAUGGUCGUGAAGGCGACACGAGAUCUGGUGUGGAGCAACAAGACGGACAUGUGGUUCAAGUUGAGUAAGGGGAAGAGGAACAGGAUAUACGACUUCUUGUUCCUUCAAACGCGGCCAAGGAAGGACACUGACGCCGAGUAUGUCCGCCGCAGGGACCACAUGUUGGUGUUGCUCAACAACCCCCAUUUCGCCUCCUGCAUGAACGCGAAGACCUUUCUCGAAAGGCUGCAGUCCCUUUACUUCGUUGACUUCGAGGAGGAGUUGGAGUUCAACAGUUACGCUUCCUUCAUCUCCACUGAUGACGAGGCAGUCACCGGUGUGGAGUUCGAUGCCAACGCGAAGGAGGAGGAAAGCGACACCGAGAGCCUCGACCUGCCGUAUGACCCAGCUCUGACGGAGCACGCCCGAGGGUCUUCGUCGGUCGGACAAGUGCUGGUUGGAAUUGACGGAGGAUUAUUACGAGCUCGACACGAGCCCGUCGAAGGGCAUGGUGGACUGGAAAGUGCCCCCUCCCAGUGGGGCGCACGGGAGUUUCGGGGGGGGGCAACUGGCGGUGGACGGGACAGGGUUGGCAGUGCGGGGGGUGGAAGAGGAGUUCCACGUACUGGGGAUGGACGUUCUCACGGCGGUACCACGACACUGGGAGGCAGCAGUGGGGUGGCGGGUUUCGUCGUUGAUCGACAUCCGUCUACCGACCCCGAGCCGGAGCCUGCGACGCAGUCCGCCAACCUUUCGAGUUCGUCUGUGCACUCAGUGAGGGAGACGUUGGCAACCUUGGUUGUUCUCGGCGGCCGCUCAGGCGGAACGUUGAAGUCCGCUGGGAUCCGAACUACAUCGGUUGAGGUGCCGCAAGUGCGGUCCACCGUGCAGAGCCCCUCGGGGUCGGGGGAGCCGAGCCAGGGUCCCGCAAUUGGUAGCGGUGCGGUGAGGGACGAAAAUGUGUCGCCUGAGCGCGAGCGACGACCGCUAGGAUUGCAGCGACAACCUACAAGUACAGAGGGUGCCUUAGAGGAUGUGGGUAUUGGAGACGGCGAGGGGGAGGACAGUGAGGACGAUGCCGGAUCUGGAGAGUCGUCUGACGAGUUCGGACAACUGUACGGAGAGCAUCACGAGGAUGAUGUCGACGACGAUGCCAUGGCAAUCGAGAUGGAGACACAAGUGGUUAGCAACCUUUCUGCACAGCCUGAAGACUAUGAGGAUCAACCACUGACGUCCGUCGUCAAUCUGCAACACCGGUUCGACGAGGCUUCCGUUGCUAUGAGUCUAUCUAGAGCAAGUCGUCGUAUAAGCAUCGAAGAAGUUAUCGACAGUAUCCUCGGCAACCAGCACGUGUCCGCGCAUCCAUCCACAACGCCUGACGUUGACGACGCUCGCAACGUCAAAUCUUUCGUGGCAGCUACCCUCGCUUUCUCGCCACCGAACUCACCGAUACUGCCGACCACCCUCGCCGACGGAAUGGAAGGCGAGGUCAGGGGACGACAACAUAUCACAUCCCCUUAAAAAUCUAGGGUCGGCACUCAAGCCCUCGACGUGCUCGCUUUGCCCGCGCCAACUUCACCGA